AUGGCACAGGUACCGGGGCAGGCGAUGGAGAUGCCCGAUAUGUCGAAUGCGAUCGUGGCACAGGACGAAAUGGGUAGGCCUUUCAUAAUCGUGAGGGACCAGGGCAACAAGAAGAGACAGCACGGGCUGGAGGCGAAGAAGUCGCACAUCUUGGCUGCGAGAUCGGUGGCGUCGAUUAUCAAGACGUCGCUCGGGCCUCGGGGGCUGGAUAAGAUUCUCAUCUCGCCGGACGGAGAGAUAACGAUCACUAACGAUGGCGCAACGAUCCUGUCUCAGAUGGAGCUGGAUAACGAGAUAGCGAAGUUGCUGGUUCAGUUGUCGAAAUCGCAGGACGACGAGAUCGGCGACGGGACCACCGGCGUGGUUGUGCUGGCGAGCGCGUUGCUGGACCAGGCACUUGAGCUUAUUGAAAAAGGUAUACAUCCGAUUAAGAUCGCAAACGGCUUCGAUGAGGCCGCGAAGGUGGCGAUCCAAAAACUGGAGGAGCAGGCCGACGACGUGGCUAGCGAUUCGGCUUCUUUUAAGGAGUACUUGUUUAGGGCAGCUAAGACGUCGUUGGGGUCGAAGAUUGUGUCGAAGGACCACGACAAAUUCGCUCAGAUGGCCGUAGAUGCGGUACUGCGGGUAUUGGACGAAGAGAGGAAGGAUGUGGAUUUUGAACUGAUCAAGCUGGAGGGCCGCGUAGGUGGCUCUUUGAAGGACUCCAAGCUGAUCGAUGGGGUCAUAUUGGACAAGGACUUCUCACAUCCACAGAUGCCCAAGGAAGUGGUUCCUGCAGAGGGCCAGAACGACCUCAGACUUGCGAUCUUAACCUGUCCGUUUGAGCCCCCAAAGCCAAAGACAAAGCACAAGCUCGAUAUUUCGUCCGUGGAAGAAUACCAGAAGCUGCAGAACUACGAACAAGACAAGUUUAAAGAGAUGAUAGAUAACAUCAAGAGAGUAGGUGCGGACGUGGUCAUAUGUCAGUGGGGUUUUGAUGACGAGGCCAAUCACCUGCUGUUACAGAACAAUCUGCCAGCGGUCAGAUGGGUCGGUGGCCAGGAACUGGAGCUAAUUGCGAUUGCAACCCAUGGACGCAUAGUGCCCCGUUUCCAAGAUCUGUCAACCGAAAAGCUGGGGAAGUGUGGCAGGAUUUACGAGAUGGAGUUCGGUACCACAAAGGACCGCAUGCUAGUCAUAGAACAAUGCUCGGAUGCCAAGACUGUGACAUGCUUCAUUCGUGGUUCAAACAAGAUGAUCGUCGAUGAGGCUAAACGUGCCCUUCACGAUGCGUUGUGCGUUGUUCGUAACCUGGUUAAAGAUUCCCGUGUCGUUUACGGCGGUGGUGCCGCUGAAGUUGCCAUGUCUAUUGCAGUCUCCGAGGAAGCCGACAGACAGCGUGGAAUCGAUCAAUAUGCAUUCCGUGCCUUCGCGCAAGCCUUAGAUACAGUUCCAAUGACAUUGGCAGAAAACUCUGGUUUGGACCCAAUUGACACUUUGACGCUACUGAAGAGCAAACAGAUAAAGGAAAAUUCAUCUCUGGUUGGUGUGGACUGUCUAAGUAAGGGCAGCAAUGACAUGAAAGAACUAUUUGUGGUCGAUCCUUUCAUCGGCAAAAAGCAACAGAUCAUGUUGGCAACACAGCUUUGCAGAAUGAUUUUGAAAAUCGAUAACGUCAUUAUAAGUGGGAAGGACGAAUAUUGA